AUGCAAUCAACAGCGCGGCAAAUGAUUGCGCGCCAGGGCCGAGAGAAGCAGCGCUACAGCGCGACCGGCGCGCGCAUGGUCGCAGGCGUAGUCGCACUCUCGCCGGAUAAACGCAAGAUCCUCGUGAUCUCCUCAAGCAAGGGGAACAGGAGCAAAGCCGUGAUCCCGAAAGGCGGCUACGAGACCGACGAGGCGAGCGCGCAGGCAGCUGCGCUGCGCGAGGCGUGGGAGGAAGCUGGUGUGGAGGGCAGGAUCACGCGAGAGCUGGGGGUUAUCGAGGACAUGCGGCCCGCGGCUGUGUUUUCACAGAUGAAGAAUCCGAGUCUGGGUACGGGAGAUUGGGAGAGAGGGGCGGGGGUGCAUCCGAAGGCGGAGUAUCAUAUGUUUGAGAUGGAGGUCGAGAUGGAGGCUGAGGUGUGGCCUGAGAGCAGCACGAGGAUGAGAAGGUGGGUUACGUAUCGUGAGAUUUUGAAGAUGAUGAGCUCGCGGCCUGAGUUGCUUGAGGCGGUUAAGCGGAGUUCGGUUAUCAAGGAGGAGUAG